CGGGUGCUCCAUGGACCCCACGCGGUGCCCGCGGGUCUUUCCUAGGCCUCGGUGCAGCCCUGCAGCCUUUCCUGCUCGGUUCUUGGCGUUGAUGCACUAGUUCUUCCUUGGAGCUGUAUGCCGGAAGGGCCUCUAAUUUGAAGAAGACAAACAUGGCAUCCAGUGGCCAGAGAAAAAGGAUGAGCCCUAAGCCUGAACUUACUGAAGAACAGAAACAGGAAAUCCGGGAAGCUUUUGACCUCUUUGAUGCUGAUGGAACUGGAACUAUAGACAUCAAGGAACUAAAGGUGGCAAUGAGGGCCCUGGGCUUUGAACCCAAGAAAGAAGAAAUCAAGAAAAUGAUAAGUGAAAUUGAUAAGGAAGGGACAGGAAAAAUGAACUUUAGUGACUUUUUGACAGUGAUGACUCAGAAAAUGUCCGAGAAAGACACCAAAGAAGAAAUCCUGAAAGCUUUCAAGCUCUUCGACGAUGAUGAAACUGGGAAAAUAUCGUUCAAAAAUCUGAAGCGUGUGGCCAAGGAGUUGGGCGAGAACUUGACUGACGAGGAGCUGCAGGAAAUGAUCGACGAAGCUGAUCGAGAUGGAGACGGGGAGGUCAAUGAGCAAGAGUUCCUGCGUAUCAUGAAGAAGACCAGCCUCUAUUGAGAUCAGCGGUUCCUUUUCUGCUGCAAGCACAUGUAACUAGAUUUAGUGCCUGCCAUUUUGUGAAAUAUGGCUUUUGAUAGCCCCCUCCCCCCCAACCUCUGGGGUAACUUUAGCCAUGACCUUGAAUCUAUUUUUGACUUUUGGAAGUGGUCUUUGAUAUUAAGUUCUUUGUACACUUACCUGCUGACUAAUUCAAUAGGGCAGAACUAGAGCACACAGAGUGGGGAAAGGGUCUGAAAGUGUGACUGCAGAUACUCCGUCUCCCAUCACUUUACAUUGCUCAUGAAUUCCCAUACAAAUACACAAUGGCUUCUUAGAUGUCCAUGUAGCCAUGUCACCAUAAGCAGUGGUUGUUCUAAAAUGGUUCUGGUUUUUGUUACACCUGAGUGCACUUUACUCUUAUAAAACCCAAUGAAUGCUUGCUGUGGCAUUUGUAUGUGUGUUAAUGCAUUUUU